CCCCCCCCCCUCCUCCUCCCCAUCGCCUCCUAUCUGUGUCUGUGCUUGCACGUGUAUGAGCGCAUAACUUGCCCCUGCCCCACCUCGUGUCCCACCUUUUAUGUCUGAAUCUAGUGCCAUGGACAAUUCGAUCAAGCUCUUCGCCGGCAACUCCCAUCCGGAGCUGGCCAAGCAGGUGGCCCGCCGCCUGGGCAUCGCCCUGAGCCAGGUGAAGGUCUGCAAGCUGCCGAACCAGGAGACCUCGGUUACGCUGGAGGAGUCCGUGCGUGAUGAGGACGUGUUCAUCCUGCAGUCCGGCUGCGGGGAGAUCAACGACCACCUGAUGGAGCUGCUCAUCUUGAUCAACGCCUGCAAGACGGCCUCCGCCCGGCGUGUGACCGCCGUGGUCCCCUGCUUCCCGUAUGCUCGCCAGGACAAGAAGGACAAGAGUCGCGCGCCGAUCACCGCCAAGCUGGUGGCCAACAUGCUGAUUGUGGCUGGUGCCGACCAUGUCAUCACCAUGGACUUGCAUGCGUCCCAGAUUCAGGGCUUCUUCGACAUCCCGGUGGACAAUCUGUACGCCGAGCCGGCGGCCAUUCGUUGGAUUCGCUCCAACCUGGAUGUGGCCAACUGUGUCAUUGUCUCGCCUGAUGCUGGUGGUGCAAAGCGCGCUACCUCCAUCGCCGACAAGCUUGACGUUGAGUUUGCCCUCAUUCACAAGGAGCGCAAGAAGGCCAAUGAGGUCAGCAAGAUGGUCCUGGUCGGUAAUGUCAGCGGCAAGAUCGCCGUCCUUGUGGACGACAUGGCCGACACCUGUGGGACCCUGAUCAUGGCCGCGGACACCCUGCUGGAGAGUGGUGCUCGAAAGGUGUAUGCUCUGGUGACCCAUGGCAUCUUCAGUGGCAAUGCCGUGGAGAAGCUGGCCAAGUCCCGCCUCGAGGCGGUGGUCGCCUCCAACACCAUCCCCCAUUCGGAGAAGCAGCUUGAGUGCUUCCCCGAUGCCACCGAGGACAACCCCCACCCGGAGAGUAAGAUCCGCACGAUCGACGUCAGCUCCGUCCUGGCCGAGGCCAUCCGGCGAACCCACAACGGCGAGAGCGUCAGCUUCCUCUUUGCCAACGACGUCAGCUAAUGGCGGGGCGGGGGGCCAAUGCGGGGGUGAGGGCGGGCGCCUUCUUUUUGUUUCCGUCACCGCUGGCCAUUUGCUGGUAUGUGCUGGCGCCUGGUCCGCGGAUGCCUUGUGUGCCUCUCCAACUCCACCCCCUCCCCCUCCCUCUCCCUCUCCCUUGUAUCCUCCCUGUAAGUGUGCUACUUGGCGCUUGAGGGAGAGAGAUCGAGAGAAAAAAUGUGAAAGGCAACCUCAAAAUAUACUUUUCUGUCCUCU